AGUCCAAAUAUCCAAACCUUUGGAAAAGAAAACCAUUCAGUCUGAGCAGCAAUAUACUCCAACUUAGCAUCCAAAUCUCUUGAAAAUUAAUAUGGAACAUAAAGGAUUAAGCACCAACAUGAGGAGAAUCCUCCUGCUGAUUAACUGUCUUAUACUCGCUGUUGGUAUCUGUGGGGGCCCUCUAAUGAUGCGUUUAUAUUAUGUUGAGGGAGGUUCAAGAGUAUGGUUCAGCAGUUGGUUACAAACUGCUGGAUGGCCACUCACUCUUAUACCUCUUGCCAUCCUAUACUUUUAUCGUCGAAAAAUCGAAGGUUCUAAUACCAAGUUUUACUUUAUAACACCCCGAAUUUUCAUUGCAUCGUUCGUCAUUGGCGUUGUAACUGGCCUUGAUGAUUUUCUUUAUUCAUGGGGCGGGUCAAAACUCCCUGUGUCAACCUCUUCACUUCUUCUUGCUGCUCAACUUGCCUUCACAGGAGUAGGUGCUUUCUUCAUAGUAAAGUUGAAGUUCACACCCUACUCCAUCAAUGCAGUGAUUUUGUUGACAGUUGGUGCUGUUUUAUUGGGUAUUCGAUCUAAUGGUGAUCGACCAGAAGGUGUGACAAGUAAAGCCUAUAUUCUUGGUUUUAUGAUGACACUUCUGGCGGCAGCUUUGUAUGGAGUCAUUUUGCCAUGUAUUGAGUUGAUUUACUUGAAGGCAAAACAAGCUAUUACUGCUACGUUGGUGUUGGAGAUUCAGAUGAUCAUGUGUCUUGCUGCUACUAUUUUUUGCACCGUAGGAAUGAUCGUCAAUAACGAUUUUCAGGCAAUAUCAAGGGAGGCAAAACAAUUUAACCUCGGAGAAGCUAGAUAUUAUACAGUGAUAGUAUGGACUGCCAUUAUUUGGCAAUGCUUCUUUGUGGGUGUAAUUGGAGUCAUUUACUGCUCUUCUUCUUUGAUGUCCGGGGUUAUGAUCGCAGUUUUACUUCCUGUUACUGAGGUAUUAGCUGUAGUUUUUUAUAGGGAAAAUUUUUCAGGUGAAAAGGGCCUUGCUCUUUUUCUUUCUCUUUGGGGUUUCGUCUCAUACUUCUACGGAGAGUUCAGACAAACAAAGAAGCAGAAGAAUAAAAGUCCAGAAAUCGAAACGACAACCAUGCAUACUGAGUCUGUUUGAUUUAUUGAGACUGUUUGAUUUACUAUAAUGGCUAUACAGAUACAACAAUUUUAUUUUAUUGUAGAAAUAAUAUACGUCGUCUCCCUUUUAUUGCUACUUUCAUUAUGUUUGUGAAAGGGUCUCUUUCUUUAAAAUUUCUGAUGUUCCUCUUAAAUUUACAAUACAACACUUGAAAGA